AUGCGCCCCUCAAUCUCAGCUCUCCGCGGCCCCGUCGCCCGCCGCUGCUUCGGCACCACGACUCGUCUCGCCGCUUCGGAGAACGGGACCGGCGCCGCGGUCAACCCGCGCUGGCUCUCGGAGCUACAGGCGCGCAUUAAGCGUGUUGCCGGUCUCCAGCUUGACAGCGCCCAGAAGGAGGAGUUGAAGGGGCUGCGGGAGGCUGUUGACGGGCAGUGGCUUGAGCUGCUUGCCGGCCGCGAGGGAUUCCUCACCGGGCCUGGGUGGAGGGGCUUGGAUAAGCAUACCGUUACCUGGGGAGAUCAGGAUGCAAUGGGUACACUCGAAUCGCGCGGUCAUGUGAACAACGUCGUCUACAACAAGUACGCCGAGUCCGCACGAGUAAACUGGCUGCGCAACUUCGCGACGACAGUGGACCCCGAGAACGCGGACGAAUGGAACCAGCUCAUGUCGCCCAAGGACAUUGGCCUGAUCAUGAGGAGCAUCAAGACGGAUUACAAGUUUCCAAUGGCUUACCCGGACAACGUCACCGUCCUGCACAAGCUCGCCGCCAAGCCGACCUACGAGUCGGACUUCGUCCUCCUGGAGGCCCUGCUGGUCUCCGACCGCCACCGCCGGCCCGCGGCGCGCUGCUUUGAGGACAUUGUCGUGUACGACUACAAGACCGCCAAGCGCACCGCACUGAAGCCGUUCAUGGUUGACCGGCUGCGCGAGACGUACGAGGCGCAGGGGAAGAGCAAGCAGGAGUGCGAGGAGAAGAUCGAGGGGUUGGUGAAGGUUGUCGAGAGGCUUGAGAAAUCUGCCAACUCGUCAUCGAAGGAAGAAGACACCAACGUCAAGAUGGGCAGCAUCUCGUUCCGCGAACACAUCCGCUGGGUGCCCGACGAGGCCGGCGAGCCGACGUCCACGAUCGUGCUGACUUCCCCGCAGCGCCGGUUCGUGGAUCUCCGCAUCCUGAAGGCGCCGACUGCGGAGGGGCAAGAAACACACGGCGCUGAGAGCCUGGAAUGGGGCAUCGCCGGCACGUCCUCGUCGUCCCUCUUCCCCGACGGCAAAGGCGGCGAGGUGCGCCACUCGCGCUGGGACCACUGGAUCGACUCGCGCACGACGGAGCCCGAGACGGCGGGCGACGAGGGCGACAUGUACCCGCAGGAAGGCGACCUCACGCUCGAGAAGGGGCGGAUGGUGAACCCCGCCACGGGGCAGGAGUGCGACUACGAGGAGCUCUGGCGGGACGUCGACCCGGAGCCUGCGUCUGUCAAGGCGGAUGACGCGCCGAAGCCGGAGUGCGUAGUGCUCAAGUAUGAGGACGAGACGAGCAAGGCGCGCGGCAUGAUUGUGUGGCUGGGCCGGUUUUGUCAGGGCAUCUCGAGAGUCGGGGAGGAUGUCAGCGCUGAGCGGUGGGAGUGGAAGGAGGAAGAGGGAUGGAAGAGGACGAUUCGGAUCGGGGCUGAGGGUACCAUGCCUUGUGAGGUUUUGCUGAAGACGGGUGCGCAGUUGAGUGUUGGCGCGCAUGUGAAGCAUGGGGAGAUGGUCUGGGAUGUGCUUGAGAGCAGCGGGUAG